GCUGGAAAUACGUAGGCGCUUUCUCUAUCGUUAGGUGACGCUGCAAGCCUUGCGUCCAUGCAAACCAUCCGGGGAAACUAAUUUGCGGAUAUUCCAUCGGAGCUCGAUAAAAGAAAACCCCAGUUAACGGAAACAGCGAAGCCGAUAUGUUCAUCUUUUGAUCGGAUGAAAGUAGUAUUUCAUCUUAACAGUAGUUACACUUUCUACUAGGAUAAAUCCCCAAAAGUUUAGGUCAAAUUUCCACGAUUUCACCAGCUGCUUUUCCUUGCAUUUAUCAUAAAAAUAUGUCGUCCCUCAAAGCUUGCUGCACUAUCCCCCCUGUCGACAGCGACUACCAGCCCGUUGGUACUGUUGAAAACGUUGGUGACAUUCAGUUGCCCACCUACGUUGUUGGUCCCAAGGACGCAAAGAAGGCUCUUCUCGUUAUCUAUGAUGUCUUUGGUUUUCACAACAACACUAAACAAUUCUGCGACGUGCUUGCCAAGAACUGUGGCUACAAGGUUGUCAUGCCCGACUUCUUCCGCGGCAAGCCACUCGUGCCGGAGGACAUGGGUGAUGUCGACCGUGUGAUGGCCUGGAUUGGCAAGGUUGGCAGCAUGGAAGUGAUCCAACCUCAGGUUGAGGUUGUCCGCCAGUGGCUCCAGGAACAAGGUGUUGUCGAGGGUGGUUUGGUUGGCUUCUGCUGGGGUGCCAAGAUCUCGGUCCAAAUCACGGCUGUCGAUUCGUUCUUUGGUGGCGCCUCGCUUAUUCACCCUUCGUUCGUUGAUGUAAAGGACGCUGAAAAGGCUGGUGCCCCCGUCCUCGCUUUGCCCAGCAAGGACGAGCCCGAUAUGACCGAAUACAUGAACGUCUUAGCCAAGAAGCCCUUCGGUGAUAAGUGUGCCCACCAACGCUUUGAUGACAUGCACCACGGCUUCGCUGCUGCUCGUGGCAACUGGUCUGACGAACUCAACAGAAAGAGAGCCACUGAGGCCAUCCAGUUGACUGCCAACUUCUUCCGUAGCGUCCUUACCAAAUAAAUUUACAAGUUGUGUGUAUAACAUGAUGGCAAUAAUAGCAUACAAUAAAAAAAACGAGCUGGAAUCGAA